AUGCUCCGCUUCAUCGUCACAGCAACAGCAAUAAUAACCAGCUCCUCUGCAAUCUACUUUUACAUCUUCCACACCCAACUAUCAAAAAGAAUAGCCCACACAACCCACAACGGAACCCUACAAAAAACCUCAAACAUAGAAUCAAUUCCAGACCCCAUAUUUACCCCAGAAUUCUUCACAAUCCAUGAAAGCGCCACAAAAUCGACCCCCCGCGCCACUCUCCCCCAAGACCAUGAUCCAGCUAUUCUCUUCACUCGCCUGCUGCGCCGCAACAUGACCGCGUUCUCGCGGUUCCCGCAGGCGCUAAUGCUCGCGCUUGUGAGCAAAACGCCGGAGCAGAAGGCCAGUUUCACGAGGGCGCAUAUCGCCGCGCUGGACUUCGAGGUCGGCGAUUUGGUGUGUGGCGUUUAUCGCGUUAAGCUGAGGCGGAGGGAUCGCGUGGAGUUCGAGAUUAAGAUGCAGGGGGUGGAUUAUGUGGAGGGGAGGUUGGUUCUUAGUUUUGCAGAGAGGGUGGAGGGGGAUGUUGAGCAGAUUGUGUUUUGUAGUGAGACGUGCAUGUGGAAGAGGGCCGAUGAGACGAGGAAGAUGCCGUUGGAGAGGUGGGCGGUGCGCUGGAUGCAUGAGACGGCUGCUUGGUGGUUGGUUGAGUCAGGAGUGAAGUAUUUGGUGGAUUUGGAGUGA